AGGGGAAAAUUAACAAAAAUAAAGGCUGCCAUUGUUGAUAUGGUUACCAGGCACAAUCUUAUUGAACCAGGCAAACCACUUAAAUGUGAGGAUGUCGAACGAGGAGUUUUUUCUUGGGUCAUUGAAGAUCAAUUAGAAAGUUCUUGUACUGGUUUGYCUAUGUCGACGAAAAUUCUUAUCUGUAACAAGGAACUAGAGGUGCGGAGGUUUAAAGAGGAGGUUAUUCUCGUAGAGAAGGAAAUGGGAAACUAUCUCCUGUACUACAAGGAAUUAAUAUACAACUUGAAAAAAGAAAUAGCAGUUCUAAAAACAACUUCUGAAAUAGAAACAAGUUCGUUGCAGAAAGAAGAAAGCGAUUCAAAAGAAGAGGACAAAGGAACCUACGCAACUGAUGGGGGCUGUGCUGGAAAGCUAGCACUCCUCAAAUGCGGCAUGUAUUUUUCACUACAGCAGCUUUCGGCAGGAGURAGCAUCUUUAGUGAAGUAAAAGAGAAGUCAUGUUCCGAGCUACAAGACCUGCUCAAAAACCUGGAAGAGGAAGAAAUUUGUGGAUGGAAUGAAGAGGAAAAUGAUGAAGAUCAAGACAGUGAUGAUGAAGAUGUGAAUAGUGACGAUGAAUCAGAAAAUGACGUCAACGAAUGUGGUGCAAAUGUAGAUAAUACGUAGAACAACUAAAAAUGAUGUUCAAAUGUGUUUAUAAGUGUGUUUGAUAAGAUCUAAAUGACUCGAUUCAUUCAGAAAUAUGUUUAUACAAAAUUGAUCCACUCAGGUAAAGUUGAUACAAUGAUUGUAUUGACUAUAAUUAUUAAAGAGAUUAUUUAAACUAUUUAAAAAAUGAGGUGUAAUUAUUGAGGUAUCAUGUGAAGAUAGACCUCUUGAUAGUGAAUCAUGUGAAGAUAGACCUCUUGAUAGUGAAYAAU